UUGCACUCGCACGAGCCGUGGGCUGGGGCGCCUUAGCUGCUAAAAUGGCGUGCUAAUGGCGUACCGUCACCGAUGGGCAGCGAUGCUGCUGCUGGCGCUAGCCGCAGCAGCCACGAAUGCACGAGCAGCCUCCACGCCCACAAGGAGCACGCCCGGUGUCAUCAAUGGCGAGGACAUGACGCGCGUGCGCGCGGUCGAGGCUUGGCUCGACAAGGGCGGACCGCCGCCGCAGAGCUGGGAGGUAAAAACCAAAGCGGACGUGUCGAUCGGCAAGGAGCUCGCUCGGGGGCGAUCGAAGUGCGUGCGCCAUGGCCGCCUGGGGACAAGGAAGGUCGUCGUCGUCGCGGUCUGCCCCGUGUCGAACAGUUCUGCAUUCGCCGGGCAUAAUUACAAGGAGCUGCACGCGGCCGGCGAGGCGCUCAAACGGAGGCAUCACCUCGUCGAGGAGAUGUACUUCCUUGAAGUCUUGCGGGGCCGGCCGGGCAUCCCGACGCUGCGCGGGGCUUUCCUAGAAAACGGCGACUUAUCGAUCGUCGUGGACGACUGCGGCGCGCGCAUCACGGGGGUCGACCGCAAGAGACAGCCGAUAGCGUCGGACGCCUGGCGCGCCUUCGCGAAGCGCGAUCCACUCGGUGCGGCGCGGGCGCUCCUGGAAGUAUUCAGAAGUGUGGUCGACUACGGCGGGUAUUUCAUCAAGGACUUCACGCCCCAUCAGUUCACGCUCCACGGGAACAAGUUGUACCUCGUCGACGGCCCGGACGUCGCGCUGGACGGGCCGAUGGCCACGUUCCUCCGGGGCCGCCCGGGCUUUGCCCUGUGCGGCAAUCAACCCGUGGAUGGCGCGAGACGGAGAGUCGCCGCGUGUUCGAACGCGCUGCCCUCCUUGCCCCAUCAGAAGGCCUGCCGCGCGGCGUGCCCGGCGAUGCGAACGCGCUUCUCGAGCGGACCGGCGUGCUGCUGCCCUUAUCCCGGCACCUGCGCCUCGACGGCGGCCCGGGAUCUCUGCCAACUCGACCAGACGCGUUGCUAUUUGAUCCAGAACAGACCGCACGCGACCGACGCGGCGACGGCGUGGUGGGCCCUCCCCCUUAUCCUGGUGGAGGCCCGAGGCGCCGCGCAGACGGCCGUCGCCGUGGCGCGCGGGCGGCUGCUGGACCACAAGGGCCGGAGGGCGACGUUCGGGUUCGUGCUGAACGAGUUGGAGGAGUCGCAGCGACCGCUCCUGCGGAGGCGCCUCGACGCGAAGCGGCGGCAGGAGGUCGAGCGGAUGGACCGGACGGUCAACGGCACGGACCUCGAGGCGCCGUGCUGGGGGAUGGACGUGCGGGGACGCAAGUCGUGCCUCAGCUACGAUGAGGCGCUCGAUGCAGACGCGGCGUUCCCGCCCGCGGACGUGGGCUCCGUCGCCUUCGUCGUCGCGUGGUGCGGUGACGGCUUCGACUGGGUGGCGGACCUGAUGACGCGGAGCCCGGGCACCCAGAAGGUCUGGACCUGUGCCAUGAUUCAGCGGUGACGCGCCGCGACGAUUUGAUUUCCGCAUAGGUUUGGAAGCGGUUGACCUUGUAUCAAAAGUGCGCCGUCUACAACGCGAGCGCCGGGGGCCACGAGGUCCGGUAUACGCACGACCAAUCGGACACACACGCGCCCCAGGCGCUGGACUGCGACGUGACCGGUCCCAAUACGACGCUCACAUCGACCGACGUGCGCCGCGCCAUACUGAAACACUCGCGCGCGGCGGCGAACUCGAGCGUGGACAGAGCGCUCCGGGCGCUCGACGUACGAGUGGUGCCCCUCAUCGAGCCGGGCCGCGGCUACCCGACGGGGCCGCGCGGUCGGGCGAACAUGGCCUAUAGUACGGACGAGGCCGGGGCGUAUUUGCACUACAUCGCGCGAUCCUACGACAACCUCGCGGACGGCACGUUCUUCGUCCACGGCCACGUCCACGGCGGCUACGAAGCCGCCGUGAGGACGAUGGAUUGGACGGCGGCGAGUGGCGUCGCGCCGCAGACGUACUUCGGGACCACGCGGCGCGAGGCCACGCGCGUCCCUCUCUCGGGCGGCAUGCCGUCGGCGCUCGGCGUGCCGGUCAAGGACGCAACGCGCAAGCCCCGCGGCGGAAACUACCAGAACGGCGAGUUCUACGCGUCGCGGUUGUCCAUACGUCGCCGGCCGCGGUCGUGGUUCGUCCAGGCCUUCGAAAUUGUGGACCAGGAUGCGCGCUGCGCCGACGUCUACAAUAAGAUACCUCUGCCAAGACUGCCCGCGCCGCACGAGCAGUGGAACAAGCGCUCGUUUACGUGUCCGUAUCCCCGGAAAUACGGGGGCGGCGGCGCCAUCGAGGGCCACCGGCGGUGCCUAAAUCAAAUCACCCGCACCCGACUCACCGGUUGAUUUGCGCACAGGUUACUGGAACGUAUUCAUGUGCGAGCCGUGCCAGACGCCCCGGCGGGACCCGGACGUCCGGAUCCCGUGGUCCAAGGCGGCCGGGCUCGAGAAGGGCCGCGUCGCCGCCGGCGAGGUGAUCCGCACCGCCGCCUCCCUGUCGGCUGUGCGCCAGGCGGUGACCUCACUCGAGCAAUUGCUCAGUAAGGCGCAGCGCGACUUCCGCUUGCUCCAGGGCCCGGACGUACUCGAGGUCGCGCGGCUCCAAGAGGACCUCGAGGUCGCGCGCGGCCGGCUGGCCGCCCUGGACCCGAACGCGACGCGUCCCGCGACGGUGUCGCCGCAACCGCCUGCUCUCGCGAACGCCGCGACCGCGGCCGCGCCACCGCGACCGCCUACUCCCGCCGCCGCGUCGCCGCCUGCUCCCGCAAAGGCUACGAACCCAGCGCGCGGAAAGAUCUUUACCCAAAACCCAAACCCGAACCGACUGGUGCGGCCGCCGACGGCCAGGGUUCCCUUCCUCGGCGGGCGUCCGGUCCCGCAGCCGCGACGAUUCUACAGUUCUGGAGUCGCGAGCCGCACACCCAACGAGGAGGCCGACGCUCACGUGUAA